GUGAAGAUAUUUCUGCUUGAUUUUUUCAAGUUAUCAUUGGACAGUCGACAAAGAGCACAGAGGAAGCCAAAGAAGCAUUGCAAUGGCUUGCUUAUCCUGCUGCUCAAUUUCCAUGGCCAGAGCUGUGGUUCUUCCCGUUGCUUCUCUUACAGAUAAACCCUCUCCUCAAGAAACUCAGACAAAUUCGAAACCCAAAACAGCAAGAAGAAGGAGACAACGUUUGCGUCAACAAAAGCCAAACCCUCCUUCUAUCGUCCAGAUUGAACGCGCCAUUGGUGCCGGCUCCUUCCGUGACGCUGACUCCAGUGAGUUGGAGGAGGACAGCAGGAAGACGAUAUUUGAUGGGCUGUUGCCUGUUGGUGGUGGUAAAUUUGAAGGAGAAAUCGAGAAGAAGCUCCGGGAGACGGGGGAGUGGAUCGGUUCCACAACUGAAGCAACCUUCCGUUCCUCCGGAAAGACAAUUCUGUUGGUUGUGCUUCAGUGGAUCCUACCGAUUUGGACCAUUUCUCUGCUAGUGGCUUCUGGGGUCAUCAAGCUCCCAUUCACCACACCUCUCAUCGACGACCUCAUCAUGUGAAACCACCGGCUUCAAGUCCUAGUUUCCUUUCAUUAUUUUGGACAUCAUAUCAGUGUAUAUU